AUGACCUUUCCACUUUCCUUUUCUCUCUUCACAGGAGUGAUUCGGACGGCUGUAGCUGAUCUUGAUAGGGAGACGCAGGACCGUUAUGAGCUAGUUGUCAAGGCAACAGACAUGGCAGGCCAAAUGGGUGGUCUCUCUGGCUCCACCACGGUGACCAUAGUGAUCACGGACGUUAAUGACAACCCUCCACGUUUCCCUCAGAAGAUGUGUCAGUUUUCAGUUCCAGAAGGGAUGGCAGUGGGCACAUCAGUGGGCCGGGUGAUGGCCACGGAUGCAGACAUGGGCGAGAACACAGAUAUGAGCUACCUGAUUAAAGACGAAGAAGGAGGAGAGCUCUUCAGAGUUUCCACUGAUACAGACACACAAGAAGCCAUCAUUAUCAUCAAAAAGCCUCUGGACUUUGAGAAGAAACGCACUCAUAAUGUGGUGGUGGAGGCAGUGAAUAAGCAUUUGGAUCCACGCUUCAUGGACCUGGGCUCUUUCCGGGACCAGACCAUUGUCAGAGUCAGCGUGUCAGACGUGGAUGAACCUCCAGUCUUCUUUCCACCCACCGGUGCUAUUAUGGAAGUUCAAGAGGAUGCCAAGCAAGGGGCCCUUGUGGGCUUUGUUACAGCCAGGGAUCCAGAUGUGGAUAAUGUCCCUCUUAGAUAUUCAAUAGAUCAGAGCACAGAUCAGGAGCAAAUCUUCAACAUUGAUGCAGUGACUGGUGCAAUCACCCUGGGGAAGGUCUUGGACAGGGAGACAGCAGGCUGGCACAACAUCACAGUGACAGCCGUAGAAGCAGAUAACCAGUCCAUGGCUUCUCAGACUUCAGUUAGCAUCCGUAUUCUGGAUGUGAAUGACAACCCACCUGAGUUGGCCACGCCAUAUGAAGCCUCAAUCUGUGAAGAUGCAAAACCUGGCCAGCUUAUUCACACCAUCAGCGUGGUGGACCGAGAUGAACCUCAGUCGGGCCAUCGCUUCUAUUUCACACUUGCUCCUGAAGCCUCCAGCAACCGACAUUUCAUAUUGUGGGACAUUAAAGACAACACAGCAGGCAUUCGGACCCAGCGAUCUGGUUUCAACCGACAGGAACAGAACUUGUACCUGUUGCCCAUCCUGGUUGUGGACAGUGGGCCUCCAGCUCUUAGCACCACUGGCACACUUACCAUCCAUGUAUGUGGCUGUGAUGCCCAUGGAGUCAUCCAGUCCUGCAACGCCACAGCUUUCAGCAUGGGCACAGCCCUGAGUCCAGGAGCUCUCAUCGCCCUACUCGUCUGUAUGCUCAUCAUCAUUGUCAUUGUACUGCUGAUCGUGACCUUGAAGCGGCACAGGAAGGGUCAGCGCAUGUGUGAGGAAGAGGAAGACAUGCGUGACAACGUCAUCAAGUAUAAUGAUGAGGGCGGAGGUGAGCAGGACACACAGGCUUAUGACAUGAGCGCACUGCGCAACCUCUAUGACUUCCCCGAAGUCAAGAGCUCUGAGUCACUUCCCAAGCGCAUCCAAAACCAUAUGAACUCUGACAAAGAGGUAGCCGAUUUCUCCCUGUUUAAAGGCUAUAUCCGGAAGAAGGUGGAGCAGGCAGAUGCAGACCCAUCAGUGCCUCCCUAUGACUCAUUUCAAACAUACGCACUAGAAGGCAGUGGCUCACCAGCACUCUCACUAAGCUCCAUCCACACUCUGUCCACCAGCUCAGAGCAGGACUUCUCCUACCUUAGGGACUGGGGACCUCGCUUCAGGCAGCUGGCAGGAUACUAUGCCCCGGCACAGCCUGAUGAAGAAGGGUCCUAG